CACUAUCUUGGAAUUGCCUGUUUAGGUGUUGGUCUGCCCAACAGGAACAUAAGCUCCAUGAAAGGAGCGAGGUCAAUUGCUUUGUUGCUUGUUAUCUCACCAGUGCCCAGAAUAGUUCCCAGCACAUAGUAGGCAUUCGAUAAGUAUGUAUUGAAUAAAUGAUUAAUUAAUGCUAGGCACUUUAUGUUAUCUAACAGAAAAGAAACUGUCAAUGUUUCCAAAAUCCGUUAACUCACACUUCCUUCCUUAAACGUGGCUAUAAAAGGGAGCAAGAAAACUCAAGUGAAACUCACUUAGAAUAUUGUCAUUCUUGUCCACAGAAGAUUAAACCCUGGAGGAAGAUGGCUCGGCAUUACCUAUGGAUCUUGCUCCUUUGCCUACAAACCUGUCUGGAAGCAGUUGCAAGUGACACAAACAUCCUCAUGGUGAAUGGGAUUCUGGGAGAGUCAAUUACUUUCCCCUUAAAUAUCCGAGAAUCACAGCAAGUUGUGAGCAUCGCUUGGAAUUCUGGAACAUCUGUUGCUUUUGUAGUACCAGGAGAUGCAGAGACAGCAGCCAAGAUUACUGUGACCCACCAAAAUUACUAUAAACGAGUAAAUGUCUCAGGUCAGAGCUACAACCUGGAGAUCAGCCAUCUGAGGCUGGAAGAUGCAGGGAUCUACAAAGCUGACAUAAAUAUAAAGACCUCUGAAAAGAUUGCCACCAUCACCAGGUGCUAUAACCUCCAAGUCUAUCGUCAGCUUGGGAAGCCAAAAAUUACUCAGAGUUUAAUGACAUCUGUGAACAACACCUGUAACGUCACGCUGACAUGCUCUGUGGAGAAUGAAGAAAACAAUGUGAUGUACAGUUGGAGUCCCCUGGGGGAAGAGGGUAAUGUCCUUCAAAUCUUCCAGACCCCUGACAACCAGGAGCUGACUUACACAUGCACAGCCUGGAACCCUGUCAGCAACAAUUCUGACUCCAUUGCUGCCCGGCAGCUGUGUACAGGCAUCGCAAUGGGCUUCGGUACCCGUCAUGCUGGGCUGCUGAGUGGGCUGGCUGUGCUCUCUCUGUUUGUCCUCAUUCUACCUUCACUGCUCUUGUUCCUUUUGUGCAAGAGAGGACAAGGUUCCUUCUUGAAGAUCUUCAAUAAGAACGCUGAUGCUGCCUCAAAGAAGACAAUAUACACAUACGCCAUGGUUGUAAGAGAUGCCCAGCCAGCAGAGCUCAGAAUCUAUGAUGAAAUCCCCCAGUCCAAGGUGCUCCCCGACAAGGAACAAAUGAACACAGUUUAUUCCAUGGUGCAGUGCUCUGAUAAGGGGAAAAGCAGCGCUCAGGACAGAAAACGCCCUGGGACUUCAAACUACGAAACUGUGAUCUAAGCUCUCGGACAGCAUCUCCCUAUAGAAACUGAGCUGCAGCAUAGACACUCGCAGAUGCUCCGGACCCAGAAUUUCUCUGCCCAGAUCUUACCUGGAGAUUGCAAAUCACCACAUCCCAACGUGGAAGCAAAGCAGGAACUGCUCUGGGGCUGGGCAUAGCUUGUGCCUAGAUCACAAGCAAACAUGUGCCCAUUCUGAAAUGGGUCCCUUGCAGUUGAGCGACGAGGCAGGUGCCCUGGUACGGUGCCUCCCAACAUUCUUCACAUCAGAGCAUAUGUAGAAGACAACAUUUUUAUGACACACUGGGAUAAACAAUCAAGAUUGCUCAUGUCUAGAGGCUGCAUAUGGCUGGAGGCUGCAUAUGGCUGGAACUGAUGACCCUUCCCAGCCACCCCAUACAUGGAGAGGACCAAUAUUCUGCACACCUGUAAUAUGCCAUGGCAUACCACCUAGGAUGCUCCGCUCACCCACAGUAUCUGUGAGGAGCCCUGAGGCACGGCCUUCGCCAGUCCACAGAGCAGCUCGGGAUACCCACCCAUAGUGGGGGUGGGUGGGUAGGAUUAAUUCGCUGUUCUUAGUCUACCAAUCAGAUGUUAAUCUCAUCCAGAAAUACCAUCCACUGAAAGCCUGAAUAGAACAAAACGACAGAGUAAGGGAGAAUUCAUCUCUCUCUGCCUGCCUGUCUCUGAGGUGAGACAUCAAUCUUCUCCUACUUUAGGACUCGGACUUGGCCUGGAACCUACACCAUCAGCUCUCCAGUUCUCAGGUCUAGGGGCUCAUACCACUGCCUCUCCAGUGUGCACACCACAGACCUUGGGAUUUCUCAGUCUCCAUAGCCACAUGAGCCAAUUCCUUGUUAUAUAUGUAAUGAUAUUUUCCUAUUGGUUGUGUUUCUCUGCAGAGCCAGACUAAACACACUCCAAGCAGCCUGAGCAA